AUGUCUCCGAUCUUCAAUGAAUGUCCCCCCAUUACCAGAACCAACCCCCGCUCAUCGAAUAUAGAGAGUGCGAUAGGCGUCCCACCGCUCGAGGCCCUGAAUAAUGGCAUCACCGACGCCGAAAAAGAGAUCCAGCGCUUACGAGAACAAGUCCGAGUCGCCGAGUGGGUUGCUGAGAGUGAGUUGAAUCAGACUACGCUUAGGGAGAAGGGGGUUAUCAUGGCCUGGGUCGGGUACGGUAACCCUCUCCGAUGGGAGAGGGUUUCGAAAGUGUACAUCAAGAUCUACAUCUGCACCACUCCCUCCUCCCCUUCUUCCCCUCCUCUCUCUUCUCCCUCUCCCUCCUCAUCCCCUUCCGACUUGCACGACUUAUCCGACACCGCCGAGCUCCUCCUCUCAAUCCUCAAAAAAGGCUACGGCGGAUCAUACUACGAACGAGAAGAUAGAGUCGCACGGAAUUUGGCUUGGGACGUUGAAGCGCUGAAGGGGGUGAGAGAUCGGUUUAGGGGGUUUGGGUAUGUGAGGUUUGAGAGUCGGAGGGAGCUUGUGGAGGCGGUGAGGAGGGCUGAGAAAGAUGGGGGGAGGUGUUAUGGUUGGGAUUGA